CUUAUAUAAAAAGGUUAAGGUCGAAGAAGAGGUCGAGCGAAGCCAUGAAUGUAGAAGAAGAGGUCGAGCGUCUCAAGGAAGAAAUCAAAAGGCUUGGCAAGGUCCAAGCCGAUGGUUCUUACAAGGUCACAUUUGGUGUGUUAUUUAAUGAUGAUAGAUGCGCAAACAUAUUUGAAGCUUUGGUUGGAACACUAAGAGCUGCGAAGAGGAGGAAACUUCUCACAUAUGAAGGUGAGCUUCUGCUACAAGGAGUUCAUGACAAUGUGGAAAUCAUACUCAAACCCACCCCAACAGCAGCAACUGAUGUAACUAAUGCAGGCGAGAAGAGUUAGAAGGAUUAUGUAAUUGUUUCGAUUCAAGUUUGUAUUAUAAACAUAUGUCAUGCUUUGUGGGGACAGAUGCUGGAAAUUACUUUUUAGAACC